AUGGCGUCCACACUGAUGCUCCUGCUUCAGCUGCUCCUGGUCUCACUGGUGUCUGCUUCUCAUUACUUUGGGGGAACCACGACCUACACCUACAAAGGAAGAAACCCUGAUGGCUCUUUUAAUGUUCAAAUUCGGGACAGGGACACCUAUGAUGGAUGUUACGACACCCUCUACUGGUAUUGUUCCAGUGGAUACUGUGGCUACACCUCCACAAGUCAGAGAGGCACACUGGACAGCAGCACCAGUGCUCCACUCUAUAACAGACAAUGGUGUGAAGCUGAAACCGUCACCACGCGGGUCGUCCCGAGCAACAGACCUUUUGAAAUGCGGGCAGCCAGCUGCUGCUGGAUAUACAGACGUGACAACAAUUAUUAUUGGUACUUGAACACUCUUGUGGAUUUGGGAGAAAGAUCCGACACUGGAAAACCAAACAGAGCACCAGAAGUUGCCAUCCUACCUUUCCUCAGAGUUCCUGAAAACUGCCCACGGACAUACAAGCUGAUGUCCUUUGAUCCUGAUGGAGACAAAGUCAGAUGCAGAUAUGGAAAUCCAGGAAGUGCAGAGUGCUACGGCUGCACCCAACAUUCAGGCUUCCACUUAGACCAGGACUCCUGCACGUUACAUUACCAAUACACUAAUGCUGACCCCAGGGUGAAUGCAUUUGAGUUGGUGGUGGAGGAUUUCCCACAAGGACACAUCAGUCUGAGAUACUCCGAUGGAUCCCAGUCCUCCAGGUCUCCUCUGUCUGCUCCUACUACAACUACAGCUGCACCAUGGUGGUGGUGGGGGUCAACGACAGCUGCCCCCACUACCACAUCAUGGUGGUGGUGGACAACUACAGCCGCUCCUACUACAACUACAACAGCCGCUCCUACUACAACUACAGCCGCACCCACAACAACUACAGCUGUGCCCACUACAACUACAGCUGCCCCCACUACAACUACAGCUGCACCCACUACAACUACAGCUGUGCCCACUACAACUACAACAGCCGCUCCUACUACAACUACAGCCGCACCCACUACAACUACAGCCGCUCCUACUACAACUACAGCCGUGCCCACUACAACUACAGCUGCCCCCACUACAACUACAGCUGCCCCCACUACAACUACAACAGCCCGCACUACCACACCAUGGUGGUGGACUACGGGCAGACCGCUGCAGGCGACCUCUCCUCCCCUCAGUAAACUACCAUUGCAGUUCUCUUUCGUUGUGGAUCCACCUGCUCCUUCAUGCCAGGAGGGACUAUACUUGCCCCAGUUUGUGCACCCAACACCUGCACACGGACAGCGCAUUCAUGCAGAGGUCAACAAAGAGGUGGAGAUCAGAAUCAAAGCACAGGCUUCAUAUGCAGCAAUACAAGAUAUCAUCAUGAGCGGGCCAAUGAAUAUGACCAAGCACAGAACCACACAUAAUGAGUUUGUGCUUCGGUGGACGCCGUUCUCCAGCGAUCUGGGAGAUUAUUUCCCAGUGUGCUUUGCUGUUGAAUCAGCGACAGGGUCAGCAGUGACCAGUUUUCCAGGCAAUACCCACUCUCAUAACCACGGCACCCCGACUUCACAGUCCGGCGUCUAUCAGUCCGAGAUGAGGUGUGUCAUCUUGAAAGUUGGAACAGAGGAAAUUAAAACCAACGUGAUCUGCACUGAGUCUGAAAUGAGAGUCGAGGUGGAGAAAUCGUCCCUCCGUGGACUCCGUGAGGAUCACCUGCGUCUCAGUGAGCCCAGCAACACCCUCUGCAGCCUGGAGAGAUACUCCAACAGCACUCACAUCAUCGGCGUCAUCCCUCUCAAUGCUUGUGGCACUCAGAUCGAGGAAGACGAGGAACAUCUCAUUUUCAAGAAUGAAAUCACCACAGUGGAUGACAGCGGAGCUCUGAUCACCAGGAAACAUAACCUGGAAGUAGAGUUCUACUGUCAGUACCCCAAAAAGGGGAACGUGUCACUGGGCUUCACAGCACACAGGACGAUUGUGGAAGUGUUUGAUAAAGGCUUCGGCACGUUCACCUACCAGUUUGAGUUUUACCCCAACAACCAGUUCAGAAGCAUCAUUGAUCCCAGUUCGUACCCUCUGGAGUACGACGUAGGGCAGAAGAUUUACAUGGAGAUAGAUGCGUCCUCCAUAGUCAACGACACCGAGAUGUUUGUGGAGUCCUGCAGAGCCUCGCCGUACGACAACCCCAAUUCCCAGCCAACCUACUCCAUCAUUGAAGACGGGUGCCCCGUGGACCCAACUGUGAUGAUCCAUGAGACCGACAACAAGAGACAGUUUAGAUUCUGCAUCGAGGCCUUCAAGUUCAUCGGUUUGCACGAUCAGGUAUACAUCAGCUGUUCAGUAAUGAUGUGUGAAGCAGGGAAUCCCAACAGCAGGUGCUCACAGGGAUGCAUCAACUCAAACAAUCACCACCACUCCCACCGCCGAAAGAGGGACUCUGCCAUCCAGACUGCAGCGCACUUCGUUUCCCAGGGUCCUCUGCGCUUGAAGAGGUCAGCAGACACCAGCAUGAGUGCAGGGAACAACCUGAACCUGAACCUGGUCUUCAUCGCUGGAUGUCUUCUUGCUGCUGUUGCCAUGAUCUGUGGAGUGCUCCUGUACAGGGCCAAAAUGUCAAAGGUCAAAUACCAGCGUUUGGCCUCGAGUGAAAAUUAAGACAGCAGUGUAAUCAGAAUACCAGUUCCUGCAUUACUUUUCAAUGAACCUCAUUUUGCUGUCAGAGUUUCGGUGUUUGUGUAUCUGCUCAUGUUUAAAUCAAUCAUGAAUUUAAUUCUUUAUAAUUCAGCUUCAUUUGUGUAGCGUGAACUCACAACAACAGUCACCUCAAUUAGCUUUAUAAUGUAGGGCACAGUCCCAGCUGUUACAGCUGUGUUUGUGUUUGCGAGCUUUAAGAGAAAACAGACAUAAAACAGACUUUGAAAGAUGAAUCUUUGGAUUGUUGUUCAGUCGUGCAGCUUUACAGCAGCUUUUCUUUUUAUAUGUUAGAGUGUGAUUCACAGAAAGUGUUACUGUUGAUGUGUGCUCCUCUAUAAUCAUUUCUAUGCACAUUUGAGUAAAUUUGAGACCAACAUUAAAGCGGUUAUUAUGAACUUUUCUUCAAUAAAAAUCA